AUGGACUCAUUCCAGAAGACUGUACCUGAAACGGUAUCAAUGUCUCACCCGAUAGAGCAAUCACCACCACAACCACUUCGUCAUCCAUAUCUUAUCGGUAAUUUUGCACCAAUUCACAAAACUCUCAAUCUCACACCAUGCACUUAUAGCGGAUGCAUCCCUCCAGAGCUCACUGGGGGACAAUAUGUUCGCAACGGAGGCAAUCCAGUCAGCCACGAGGAUCUCGGCAGAGAUGCACAUUGGUUUGAUGGUGACGGCAUGCUAUCAGGCGUCUUAUUUAGGAAGGGGACUUUUGAUGGCCAGAUCGUUCCCGAGUUUGUGAAUCAGUACAUCCUCACAGACUUGUACCUGUCUAGAAAGACGACGUCUGUCAUGUCCCCGAUCAUGCCCAGCAUCACUACGCUUGUCAACCCUCUAUCGUCAUUGUUGAAGAUUAUGCUUGCUACCUUCAGGACAAUGUUUCUAGUGUUUCUUUCGAACCUUCCUGGAUCACAACAAGCCCUGAAGCGUACCAGUGUCGCCAACACGGCUAUUCUAUACCACGAUGGCCGAGCGUUAGCAACAUGUGAGAGUGGCCCACCUAUGCGCAUACAACUCCCUUCUUUGGACACUGUCGGCUGGUACAAUGGUGCUCACGCUGAAGGAGAGCCUGAGCAAGCCCUUUCAGAGACCAAGAUCGAGCCUUUUGGGGGUGAUGGUAUUUUCAAGUCAAUGAGGGAGUGGACGACGGGACAUCCCAAGGUUGACCCCAUUUCUGGAGAAAUGAUCCUCUAUCACAACACCUUUAUACAGCCGUAUGUGCACUACUCUGUACUUCCCAAAACCAACGUUCAGGCCCCGACCACGGGCAGACUCGUCAACCAAGCUGUCCCAGGUGUAUCUGGGGCCAGGAUGAUGCACGACUUUGGAGCAUCGCGCGCGCACACCAUCAUAAUGGAUCUUCCUUUAACCCUUGACCCUUUGAACUUGGCCAAGAAUAAGGAAGUGGUAUCCUAUGAUCCUUCAAAACCUUCGCGCUUUGGCGUUUUCCCACGUCAUGAACCUUCCAAGGUACGGUGGUUCCAAACAGCACCUUGUUGCAUUUUUCACACUGCGAAUUCAUGGGACACAAAAUCUGUCAACGGCACCAGUUCUGUCAAUCUCCUAGCUUGUCGCAUGACUUCCUCUACGGUUGUUUACACGGCUGGGAAUAUCAAGCCUCCAGCGAAACCCAGGCGUUCCAAUCCCAGAUCUCAUCAUGCGACAGAGGAUGUUGGCCAAUGGGAUGAGAAGGACAUUCGACGUUUUGAGGCAGCACCCAUGCUGGAGUCACCUAGUGAGAAAGUGCACGGAGAGGAUUACUUCUCUCCAAGCGACGAGGCAGAUGACUACAGCCAGUGCCGACUAUACUAUUACGAGUUUGACAUGUCGGCAACACCUACGAACAGGGUUGUGAACCAAUGGGCUCUUUCAACCAUCCCCUUCGAAUUUCCAUCAGUUCGUCCAGACCGAGAGAUGCAAGAUGCUCGCUAUAUCUAUGGCUGCAGCACAUCAACCUCCUGCUUUGGCGUUGCACUUGGCCGAGCUGACAAAGUCGAUCUUCUCGUCAAGAUGGACGCGAAAACACUCAUUGAGCGAGGCAAGAGGAUGAACACUAGGCCAGUAACAGGCUGUGUCGACAGGCGAUCUGCUCGAGAGAUUCUUGAUUCGACAGACAACAACGAUCCCAUCAAGAUUUUCCGUCUGCCCCCAAGGCACUUCGCACAAGAACCACGUUUUGUGCCUCGUGCUGGUGCUACAGAAGAGGAUGCUGGCUAUCUGCUCUUCUAUGUUUUUGAUGAAUCUCAGAUAUUGCCCAAUGGCGACUGUCCCUUUUCUUCUGCAUCCGAGCUUUGGAUUCUUGACGCGCAGAACAUGCGCGAUGUCGUGGCAAAGGUUAGGCUUCCACAGAGAGUGCCCUAUGGUCUCCACGGAACCUGGUUCUCGGCCAAGGACAUUCAAGAACAGAGAGCAGUUGAGACGUUGAGAAGUUUGGAGGCUGUGCAGAGGAAGAAAGAGGAUUGGGUUAAUAGUGGAGGAAGUAUUGCUAGGUCUUGGAUGGCAUUCAAGGAGAAGUUGGAAAGAGCUGUGGGAUGA